AUGAAUGGUUGGGAAACUACUAAGGAUCCCACCAGGUAUGACCAUCGCGGGGCUCGAGGUCACGUGAUAAGCUAUCCCGCUAAGACAGGACAUCCCACCAAGUAUAGAAUAGCAAUAAACUUAAGGAUAGCAUGCUAUCCUAGAUAUCCCGCUAAUAGGUAG